AUGCCUCGCUUACCUGCCUUGGACCACAUCGUCAUUCUUGUGUCUCAUGACACCCUCAUGGGCCUAUCCGACCACAUCCAGCAUCUGUUCAUCGUGGCGCCUGGCGGGAAUCAUGCUGAUGGACUCACCUCAAACAAACUGGUGCUUCUCGAGGAUGGGGUUUACAUUGAAUUCAUCGCUUUCUUUGACGACAUUGACCCCGAUCGACGGCGCAAACAUCGCUGGGGAAACCUCAAGGAAAACACUAUUAUCGAUUGGGCUUUCACGCUCCCUCCAGAUGAUGAUUUUGGCCCUAUCAAGCAGCGAGUUCGGGAUACAAAGACAAGAUUCUCAUAUGAGGAGCCUGCCCCUGGGGGCCGAAAGAAAAAUGAUGGGACAAUAUUGGAGUGGACAAUCAGCGUGCCAACAGACGCCCUUACCAACACACUUCCACCUGGACGUCUGCCAUUCUGGUGUCUCGACAAAACCCCUCGUGAGCUACGGGUCCCUUACACCGUGGAGCCUGAACUGACUCAACAUCCAUCCGGUGUGCGGGGUGUCUCUUCGUUGUCAUUGUCUGUUCCUAUGCGAGAGAUUUCGGAUCUAGCGGAAGUAUACGAGGCGAUACACGGUCGUCGUGAACCAGUAGACCUGGUUAAUCAAGUUUGGCCUUAUGAGGUCCCUGCAGGCUCGACAGCUGGUAGACACACUAUUACGUUGCUGGGAAGUGCAGAGGGGACGAAUAUUACGCUGACAUUGAGUGGAACUAGUCCUGGACGGAUCGAACUUUUGCCAGGGAUUGCUAUUUAUAUCGAGUAA